GGAGCACGUGGCGCCGAGCGACGGCGCCCAGUGUCCACCGCGGGCCGACAGCUGGGCCGUGUACGUGUGGGGCAGCAACUCCUCGUGCCAGCUGUCGGAGCCCAGCCAGGACAAAAUCCUCGCCGCCCGGCUCGCCCCUGCCUUCGAGAACGUCCAGCAGAUGGAGGCCGGCCAGUACUGCUCGUUCACGGUUCACGCCGACGGCACGGUGUCGGCGUGCGGCAAGGGCUCGUACGGCCGGCUCGGACUGGGAGACUCGGCCAACCAGCCGCUGCCACGGAGAGUGUCGCUGGACCCGCCGUGUCGGGCGGUGGCCAGCAGCAAAGGCAGCGACGGGCACACACUGGCCGUCGCCACCGACGGACGCGUCUACAGCUGGGGAGACGGCGACUACGGCAAGCUGGGACACGGCAACACGGUCACGCAGAAGUACCCGCGGCGCGUGGACGGCCCGCUGGCGGGCAAGACCGUGACGACCGUGUCGGCCGGCUACAGACACUCGGCCUGCGUCACCGCGGACGGUCGGCUCUACACCUGGGGAGAGGGCGAGCACGGCCGCCUGGGUCACGGCGACAACAACAGCCGUAACGUGCCGACGCUGGUGUCCGAGCUGAGCGCCGUCGGCCAGGUGGACUGCGGCUCGGCCCACACGCUGGCCGUCUCCGCCGACGGACGCACCGUCUGGUCGUUCGGCUCAGGCGACAACGGCCGGCUGGGCCACGGCGACCUGGCGCGCCAGUUUCGGCCCAAAGUGAUCGAGGCGUUCUCCGGCCUCACGGUGGUCAAGGUGGCGGCCGGCAACCAGUGCUCCCUGGCUCUGACGUCGCAGGCGGCGCCGGGCGAGGAGGCGGGCCCGCUGCGGCUCUGGUCGUGGGGCGGCGGCGUCUGCCUGGGCCAGGGCUCGCCGGACGUGGCGUGCCUGCGCCCCGCCCUGGUCGAGGUGCUGGCCGAGCUGCGUGUCACGGACGUCUCGCUGGGCGACUCGCACUGUCUGGCGCUGACCCAGGACCACGAGGUGUUCGCCUGGGGCAACAACUCGAUGGGCCAGUGUGGGCUGGGCCACACCAACACGCCCGUCUGGCGGCCGCGCAAGGUGCUCGGUUUGGAGGAGGUGGCCGUGCGUCAGGUGUCGGCCGGCACCAGCCACAGCUGCGCCUGGACCGCGCCGCCCCGCGACAGACAGGCGUACGCGCUCAGCCGACCGUACUGCGUCAGUCUGGACGAGACCACCCUGGGCCUGAUGCACUCGCUGCUGGAGCGCUACUGCACCGGCCUGGAGUCGGACCGGCCGCCGCUGCCCUUCGGCUCCCAGCAGCUGCACCUGCAGUUUCUGCAGGCGUUGCUGGGCCUGCUGCGGACGCACCUGUCGCUGGCCAUCCGUAGCGGGCUGGACGCCGGCGUGACCGGCGGACAGGCGCGCAGCCUGCGCACGCUCCUCUUCAGACUGAUCGACACCAGCCUGCCGAGCUGUCUUCAGACGGCCGUGCUGGAGGCGCUCAAGAUCGGUGCCCCGCUGCUGCUGCCGCCCCUCCGCGAGCGCAUGGAGAUCCUGCACUCGCUGCUGCCGCAGGGGCCCGACUGCGCCUCCAGACUGAGCGACGGACAGGAGCUGCAGCUGAGCAUGAUCCUGACGUCGCUGGAGGAGCACACCCAGGUGGCGGCGCUGCUCGGCUACGGGCCAGCCCACGGCACCGCCGCCGACCCGGCCGUCGCCCUCCUGCUCAUGAAAACGCUGCUCAGGAACGUAGGCUUCGACACGGAGCGGCGGCUGGUGUCUGUGGAGAGGUCGGCGCCGGGCGAGGCGGCGGCCGAGGCGCCCACCGACCAUUCGCCGCACUUGUGCGCGCUGCUCAUGUCCCUGCAGAGCCACCUGCUGGCCUUCUGCUACACGGCCUCCUGCAACGUCGACAGCGCCGAGUACAAGAGCAGCCUGGGCCUGCUGCAGAGCCACUUGUCGCUGCUGUUCCCGCUGGCGCGCGAGGCGGCCACACACGCGCUGGCCGUGCUCGCGCUCCGACCCAGCUUGACCACGCCCGUCAGAGAGGUGCUGCUGCUCUCCUCGUGCGGUGCCAUGCUCUCCAAGGUGGUGCACGCUCUGCUGUUGCUGCCCGUCAGCCUGAUCUGCUCACUGCUGGGCCACCUGACGGCGCUGCUGCCAUCUAUCGACGGCCUGGUGAGGCUCACCACCGAGCAGCUGGCCGACCCGGCAGAGCAGUGGCAGUGGCUGUCGGACGCGGAGCAGGCCUGCGCUCUGCUGGUGGGCCGCUGCGUGGGCGGUCUGUUGGCCGGACCGCCGCCGCUGCCCGAGGAGGCCGAGACCGCCCGCUGGCUGGCCAGCCCGCUGCUGGCGCGCGGCAUGGAGGCUGACGGCGAGCUGAUCGGGGUGCGGCUGUCUGACCUGCUGACCUGCCUGACCCGGGACGGCCAGCUGACGGCCGAGGUCAGCCUCACGCGGCUCAACCGGCUGCUUGACACCGUCGCCUGGUGGAGCGACGCCCAGCGGCUGGGCCUGGCCGCCGCCGUCGGCUUCGACAAGCAGGAGUACGUGUACGAGGAGCUGUACGAGUACGGCGUGUCUGAGGGACUGGAGCCGGCUCCUGACGAGCUGCCGCGCCAGGCCGAGCUCGUCUGCCGCCUGCUGCUCGUCACGCUGCUCAAGCACACCGGCUGCGACGCCGCCACCGUUCAGCAGGCGCGCCGUGGCGACAUGGACAUGAUCUACGAGACGGUGUACCGCGUGCGACACGAGCUGCUGGGCCAGUUCACGGCGGAGAGCGCGUCUCCGCGGACCGGCCGCAAGCGGCACCGCACGCGCACGGUGACGGACUCGGACGAGGACGAGCGCUCGGCCGAGCAACCCCGCUUCCCGGCCGUGUGCACGUCCGUGGCGCGCGCCUGCCUCUUCCUCUGCCUGGCCGUGGUCGGCCCCGGCAAGCUCGAUCCAGACGCCCUGCGGGACCAGUGCGCCGAGGUGCUCAAGUUCGUCUGCCACGACUGGGCCAACCGGCGGCUGUCGUACGAGCAGUUCGUGGCCGGCUGCUUCGGCCUGUCGGCCGUCUCCGCCGAGCCGCCGCGCAGCCGCGUCCGCUUCUACACGGACGACGUGGCCACCAGCGGCUGCGCGCUCCGGCAGCGCAUCCACACCGUGCUGGCCGACAUCUACCGGCUGCUGGUGGCCGGCCUGUUCCGACACCAGGAUCGCGGCGCUGCCACGUGCGCCGUGUUGCCAGAGGUGCGCUACCGGCUGGAGCUGCUGGGGCCGCUGGCCGCCGCCAGCAUGCGCUUCCUGCAGGUGCUAGCCAUCAUCGCCGGCGUGUACGCCGAGAGUCUGCCGGCGUCCACCUGCGACGAGAUCACGGAGCUGCUGCGCCGCCAGCUGGCGCGCCUGCUGGACGCCUGCUCGCGGCCCGAGCUAGAGUCGGACGUCAUCACCACGCUGUGCGACGUCGGCCAGCAGCCGGCCGCGGGCAGCGAGGACACGCCCCAGCAGGGCGCCGCCGCCAAGCACGCCAGGGCCGCUGCGACCUCUGCCUCCGAGUCUACCCUGGACUCGGUUACCGCCAGCUCCAACGGCGAGGACUCCGAACUGGUGACGUCAGCGGACGAGAGCGAGAGCGCCGACCAGCCUCCAGACGCGGCCGGCAAGGGCUCCUCCCGGCCCCCGGUGUGGCAGUCGCGUCGGCUGACCAGCACGGCCCGAGCGGCCGAGAGCUCGCUGGGGGACCUGCUCGUGUUUGUGCGUCACGUGGCCAGCACGGCCUCGGUGCGCCGCCGCAUGACCUCGCACGCCUGGACCGGCCUCCUGCUGCGCAUCUGUGGCCAGGUGCCCGAGCCCGGGACCCGGAGGAUUCAGGCGCUGCGGCCUCGGCUCCUGGCCCUGCAGCUGCUGGGCACUGUGCUGCCAUCGCUCGACACAAAAGAGGACCGCGCCUACGCCGCACAGCUGGCGUCCGAGCUGUUCCACCAGCUGUCGGACAGCCUGUGGGUGAUCCCGCGCGCCGUGGCGCGGCUGGUGGCCGCCCGCCGCGAGCGCGACCUCCGCCGCCGCCUGCUGCGGCUCAGCAGCCCAGAGUGGUCGGUGGAGGCGGACGCCGCCGAGAACAGCGUGCCGGUGCACGAGGCCGGCUUCGACUCGGACCGCUGCCUCUACUGCACCGUCGAGAACGGCCAGACGCUGGUGCACUCACAGGGCGGCAAGGGCUACGGGCUCGGCACGACCGGCAUCAAGUCAGGCUGCUACCAGUGGAAGUUCCUGAUCGUGCGAGAGACCCGCGGCAACGAGGGCACGUGCGUGGGCGUGGCGCGCGUGCCCAUCCGGGACUACAGUCACCGCACCACCAGCGACAUGUGGCUAUACCGGGCCUACAGCGGCAACGUCUACCACGGCGGCGAGCUGGCCUCCAGCCUGCCAUCCUUCACGCAGGGCGACUACAUCACCUGCGUGCUGGACAUGGACAGCAGGUCACUCAGCUUCGGCAAGAACGGCGACGAGCCGCGCGUCGCGUUCGAGGACAUCGACGCGGCCGAGCUGUUCCCCUGCGUCAUGUUCUACAGCACCAACCCCGGCGAGAAGGUGAAGAUGACGGACAUGCAGCUGCGGGGCUCGCCCCGGGACCUGCUGGCCGGGGAGCCGCUGUGCGCGCCGGCCGCCGCCGUCCUGCUGGAGGCGCACGUGGCGCUCAUCCGCACGCUGCACAGCACGCCCGCCUGGACGGAACACGUGAACAAAUGCUUGCUGCGCCGACUAUCCCGGAUCAAGGAGUUGAUGCCUACAGCCGACAAGGAUGGUGACAGCCCCGAUACGACCCUACACCCAGACAGUCCGCGUGACGUUGUGUGGCUGGGAGAAACGUAG